AUGAAACUGUACUACUCUAAAAUAUUAUUAUUUUCCCUUAUAUUAAAUAUUUUGGUGCCAUCAUCAUAUGCACAUAAUAAAAAUAAACAAUACAUCUCAGCACGUACACCAACUAUUACAUCACGAAUGUUAAGUGAAUGUGACAUAAAUACGUCAAUUUAUGAUGAUGAUACUGAAAUGAAAUUUGUGAAGGAAAAUUUCGAUAGACAAACGUCGCAACGUUUUGAAGAAUACAAUGAACGCUUGCUCGAAAACAAACAAAAAUGUAAAGAAAAAUGCGAUAAAGAAAUUCAAAAAAUUAUUUUAAAAGACAAAUUAGAAAAAGAAUUAAUGGACAAAUUUGCUACAUUACAAACAGAUAUACAAAAUGAUGCUAUUCCCACAUGUGUUUGCGAAAAGUCGUUAGCAGAUAAAACAGAAAAAUUUUGUCUGAACUGUGGGGUGCAACUAGGAGGUGGUGUGUUGCAAGCUUCCGGUUUAUUAGGAGGAAUUGGUGCAGUUGCUGUAAAUGCCUGGAAAGAUGCGGCACUUGAGGCCGCCAUUGAUUUUGCUACUGAAGCGGGUGCUGCGGCCGGUGUAGCUGCUGGUGAAGCUGCAGGUAAGGCCGUAGUUAUUAAAUCAUUAAAAUAUUUUCGUGUAGAUGUUUUCUUUCCUAAAAUAUUUAAUUCCAUUGGUAAUGCGAUACCUUAUUAUGAUGCCAAAACGAUUGGUGCUGCUAUUGCUGAAAAACAUGCUCAGAACUGUGCGCUGGUGUCCACUAAUGAGGGUGCUAUGUGCUAUCCAUUUGAAGUUAAUUUAGGUAUACGUGAGGCAAUAACUUUUACACAAACUGGUCCUCCAGCGAAAUACGCUAUACCAGACACGGUAAGCGAAAUUGUUGAAGGAGCUGAACAAGCUGCUAAAGCAGCCGCUAAGGCUGCUGAAAAAGGUGUUACUGCUGCAAUAAAAGCUAAAGAGACCCGUUUGUUAGAAGCUGGAUUUAAUAGUUCCAUUAGUUCUAUAAAUGCUUCUAUUAUUGCAAUAGUCGUAAUAAUUUUAAUUAUGGUAAUCAUAUAUUUAAUUUUACGUUAUAGAAGAAAAAAAAGAAUGAAGAAAAAACACCAAUAUAUAAAACUAUUAGAAGAAUAG